UUAAAAUAUAUCCAAAAAGUAUCCUUUGUUGUUCAAUAUGUAAAUAGAUAUUAAAUAUUUUAUCGAAUUAUAUUUUAGUUAAUUAAUAAUUAUUCGGUAGAUAAGUCACUGCACGUCGGUUGGUGUGGCUCCUUAAGUUUGGGUUUUAUCAAAUAAUUUAAAAUGAACGAGCUUGACAGAAAACUCGCGGAACUGGCUUUUAUCAAUAAACAGGAUUUGCCGCCUAACCCUCAUUUACCUGGAAAAAAAGUCGGACCAGCAGUUCCACCGAAGCCGAAAAAACCACAACAACCUUUAGUUCCUCAAUCGUACCCUCUAAAACAACCCGUCGAACCAAGCUACUCCUCCCGAAUCCAAACAAAUCAAUUUUAUUCUAAUUUACCGCCUCAGGGCGGUCAACUUUAUUCUAAUGCACCGACUCUUCCUGCUUCGGCAAAAUAUGGGGAUCAUAAUAUACAAGACAACAAUUAUGCUAAUUUGCCCAGAGGAAGUAAUGGAGAGCCGUUCUCUCGAAGCGCUUCUGCAAUGAGUAACAACUCGUUGCCGAGGAGCAGUAAUGCUAGCUAUGGAAGUGGAUACGCUACGAAAAAUACCAGCAAUUUUGGCAGUACCCCAAAACCCUAUCAACCAAGUAAUCAAGAAGUAACUUAUAGUAAUAUCCGGAUGAACCCGCAGAGGAGCAAUGGAGGACUUAUUUAUAGCAAUUUGGCGCAGCCGCAAAGAGAGACUGCUGUAUAUAGCAAUAUCCCUCAAGGUGGAAGCACUUAUCCAAACGGAGAAGAAUUACCUCCUCCCCCGCCACCUUUGGAUAUAACAGGUGGCAUGGCAGAUUAUGCACCAUGCACCGUAAACACAAAUUUGCCUCCACCGCCUGAUGAUUUGUUGCCUCCUCCUUCACCUGUUAGCUCUAGUUAUAGCGAACUGAGAAGAGCUACUCAGCCGGGUCAGGACUUUCAUAAUUAUAGCAUGGGUUCUCAGGCUUCUUCCACAUACGAGUCAAUUUAUGAACCCAUUAAUCCCAGACCGCCCAGUCAGAUAUCUUCAAGAUCGAAUUAUUCCUUAUACGCUCCUUAUAGUGGUUCUAGUAGCACACUAACGGGUCCAAGUCAAUCGGUCAGUAGAAUAGGCCAUAAUAAAGAACAAGAAAUUGACAGUUUGACGGACAUGUUAGUUCAAGGCAUGGGGAAUGCUCCAUCAGAAAUUGAAGAGGAUGUUUAUGGUGUAUGUGUGAAAUGCGCGGAAAAGAUUGUAGGUGAAAAUAGUGGAUGCACAGCUAUGGAUCAGCUUUACCACAUUAAAUGUUUCACCUGUCAUCAUUGUGCAAUCAAUUUACAAGGCAAGCCAUUCUACGCGUUAGAUGGACAUCCAUAUUGCGAAGAAGACUAUUUGAAUACUUUAGAGAAAUGUUGCGUUUGCCAAAAACCUAUCUUGGACCGGAUCUUAAGAGCCACCGGCAAACCUUAUCAUCCCGGCUGUUUUUGUUGCGUUGUUUGCGGAAAAAGUUUAGACGGAAUUCCGUUUACUGUGGAUGCUACCAAUAGGGUGCACUGUAUUGAAGAUUUUCACAAGAUUUUUGCACCGAGAUGUUGGGUUUGCAAGCAACCUAUUAUGCCUGAACCAGGAGAAGAGGAAACCGUUAGAGUGGUGGCUUUAGAUCAUAGUUUCCACAUUCAGUGCUAUAAGUGUGAGGACUGCGGAUUGGUUCUAUCUUCCGAAGCGGAAGGGAGGGGUUGCUAUCCCCUUGACGGACAUGUUUUAUGUAAAAGUUGCAACGCCAAGAGAGUCCAGGCUCUCACUAGCCACAUGACCACCGAACUUUAGGAGAAUGUACCAAAUUUUUUUCGCGAUUAGUAAGAUUUAAACCAAAAGAUGGUCAGUAACAUAAGAAUUUUUUCAAAUAGUAAUUUGAAGUUGUUAAAAACUGGAUAAACCUGUAACAUUCCUUUUUUUUGAUAUGAAUGCUUAGGGUAAGGUUUUAUUUUUAUCUUAGAAAAUGUAUUAGGAUAUUAAAAUUAGAUAGAUCCAACGAAAUAUUAAAAAAUACGUUAUAUUAUAUUUUUAUUAAUUCUUAACCUGAUAAAAUAUUAGUUAAAUUAGCAUGUUUUUUCCAUUGAAAUAUUUAAGAUAUUUUAUGCUUAUUAUAUUUUAAUGCUUUGUAUUAUUAUGUAUUAUAAGUAAUAGGGUGCAUCAAAACCGCUUAAUAAAAGUACCUAACCGUUUAGUGAACCAUCAAAUUAAACAAAUAAAUAUUCAUUAACAUAAUAAAUUAAAACGAAAACUAAUUCAGCUAAUUAAUUAUAGGCGGUUUUGGUACACUCUGUAAAAUGUAAAUCAAGCUUUUGCGCUUAUAAAUUAGAAACUUCUGGUCAGAUUUAAUGUAUUGUGAUCAUGUUAUUGACGUGCCAAUAAAAGCUGUAUGGGAUUAAA